AGACCGACAAUUCGCCGGCCGAUUCUCUGUUUUCAGUCGCCUUCGCUGCUGGCAGCGUACGGACGGAAUAGCUGCGAGUUUUUCGCGGAAAUCGGUUAUCUUUCAAAAUACUGUCACCAUUUAACCAUCAUCGUGGUACGAUGAUGCGAAAACUCCUGACCCUCUGACGAGUGACACUGUAGAUCUGACAUUCGUAUUAAGGAAACGAUAUGUACUCACCAAAAUGAGUUUUCGCCGCGCGUGGUACCGGUGUUUAACGGCAUGUCGCAAAAGGGUUAGAAUCGAGUAAUAUUUUACCGGUGAUAAUUAAGGUGACACUCAACUUAUUUGAACAAAUCAAAAUAAGAAAAAAAACAGGCAGGAGACGGAUGCGAAGAAAACCGAUUUUCCUGGACGAACUGUUGGGCACGGACGAGAUCAGGAAGAAAAAUAUCCACACGAAGGUGGCAGAGACAGGGGUGGCGAGGGUCACGGGGUUGGGCCUAGGGGUGGCAUCAUGGACUCUCAUCAGCACCAGUUCUGUCUCAAGUGGAAUAGUUUCGGCAGCAACUUAGCGACAGCGUUCUCGAAUUUGUUCAAAAGCGAGAGUCUGACCGAUGUCACCCUAUUCUGCGAGGGAGUAACGUUCAAGGCACACAGGUUAAUCCUCGCAGCAUGCAGCAAGCACUUUCAAGAGCUCUUCGAAGGAAUGCCUCCUUCUCCCGCGGGACUGAUCGUUAUUCUCGACGGGACGAGUGCCCACAAUAUGGCGUCCCUCCUCGAAUUCAUGUACCGUGGAGAGGUACACGUGUCCCAGGAAUCCCUCAGCUCUUUCCUCAAAGCAGCCGAAUGCCUUCAAGUGAAGGGUCUGUCCAUUGAGCACGAGAAGCUGGCGGUGGCUCAGAGGCACGCAGCGGAGAACAAUAACGCGUCCACGGACACCGGGGGUGGAAACAGCACCAAUGGUAGCGGCGGUAGCGAGAACGGCGGAGGAGUCGGUAGCAGCGUGAACAAUAACGUGGGCAGUAGCGUCGGUAGCGGCGUGGGCGGCGGUAUCGGCGGCGGCGUCGGCGAAGUGACCGACCUUAGCGAGGCGGGUGAGGCAACCAUGGUGAGGAACACCAUGAAGAGGACCCCCACGCCGGCACCGUCGCCCGCGCCGGCCUAUCCCGUGCCCAGCCUCUAUUCUACCUCUCACUAUUACGAAAGCCCGUCGAAAAGGCUGAUGAGAUCGCCCAGCGAUGUGGAUACUCUAGGAAGGGCGAGCGUGUUACGUGAUGGCACGGCUUUUCGGCCCGCAUCUGCGCCACAUCCGCUACUGCUCGAGAACCACUUUUAUCAGCCGUUUACCCACCCCUCGGAGACACCCGCACACCCUCACACCGCGCCCCACACACCGACAGAAUUGGAACAAGAACUGGAACGAGCGAGGUCCGAAGAACGUAGCAAUUGCGAUCUCAAGGAAAGCGUAGCCGAAGAUCUUCGAAUAAAGCAAGAACCGGUGGCACUGAGCGAUCGGGAGAGGGCAGACAAACUGGCGGAAAGAUUGUCGGGCGAAGUUUAUUCUGGGGGGAGGGGGUUCGAUGGCAGUCAUUAUGGGCCGAACUCGGAUCACCUUCAGCACGGUGCGCAAAUGGGUGCCGCUAUGGUGCCCUUGCCACCGGCUCAUCCACCGACACCUGAUCUCAGCCCUGCACCAACCACCCCGGCUAUGUGGAACACGAAGAUCAACAAGGCUGGCACUGUCUCCACUCCUGACGGCAAGAAGCUGAAGUGUCCAUUCUGUGAGAGACUGUACGGUUACGAGACGAAUCUGCGAGCCCACAUCAGGCAGCGUCACCAGGGCAUCAGAGUGCCGUGCCCGUUCUGCUCGCGGACGUUCACGCGGAACAACACGGUCAGACGGCACAUCGCGCGAGAGCACAAGGCCGAGUUGAACCUGAAGGCGUUCCAGCAGUCGAACCACUCGGUAACGGACACAGUGCCACAAUAAAAGAGGACGUCUCCGAGGUUGCCGUUCGUCGUUACCUGUAAUACCAUUCAGGCCGAGGAGGGGAUAGGGAAGUCAGCAUGGUUCCUCGAGUAAUCCGCGAGUGGCACACAAUGUGGUUCGCAAGGGAGACGUCUCGAAAUGGAGGAAGAUGGGAACGAGCGAACGAAGAAGCGUUUACGAAAGGUGUCGUCGCAGGAUCCACCUUUCCACCUUCAUCGUUGGUCAACGCCGUCAUUCCCAUCCCGCGUCGCAUUCGACCGGCUGUCUAAAGUCCCCGAGUCCCCGCGAUGCGAUUGACAGCGCACCAGUAUCCGAGAGGAUCCUCUGAGUGGAGAUUACAAAGGGUUGAUCCCAUUGAUCCCCGCUGGGUCAACGGGGCGAUCCGUUCGUAAUAGUUGUCAAUUACGCGCGUUCUCUGACUCCGCGGAUGAAAGGAUCUCCAGUGGAGCUGUACGCUUCACAGGGCCAUCACUGGAGAUUCUCUGGAUUCGACGGACCGCAGACGUUUUAAAGGAUCUUCGAUCGUGAAGGAACCGCGGUUCUCGAGUCUUAUUCAUCGAGUCUACUUUUCUAGAUUUGAUGGUUUUGCUGUUGGAUCACGGAAGGAGGACAGACGCCACGGGGACUCGGCCGAUGACGGAAGAGGGUCGUUGAUCGUGGAAAUAGGAAAAUUAGUCCCGGUGAUCGGAUCACGGAGAGGAAGGAAGGAAAGGAGUAUGGCAACGGAAACGAACCGGUGGGAAUAAAAGAAACGGAUGAAGAAGAGGAAGAAGGAAGCUCGGGGGGAACGAGUCGACGUCCGAUUGCUCUGAACGAGAGUAGUUUGCACUCAGGUACAU